GACAUGCAGACAAAUGGCUCCAUAUAACCUACCGAGCGCAAGCACUUGAGCGUUCUUUAAACCCACUCCGCAUAUGUACUUAACUCGUGUCGCACAGAUGAGUUUUUGGAUGGUUUUCGAGGGGUUGGUGAAAUACCAACCCACAUGCUGUUUGGAAGGGUAAUUGCUGAGGUCAGGGCGUUUAGGGUGUGCGGUUCUUCGGAGGUGGCAAGGUCGCUAGGUGUUGCUGAGACCAAGAUAUGAAGACUCCUGGACGGAGUAAGCGCUCGGGGGGACGUGAUUUCGGGUGUGUGCGAUUCACUGUUCGUGGUGGCCCAGAGUUUAAGUGCUAUGCGCCACCAAGAUAUGCAGGAAACGAGUUAGGCGUUCACUAUGAUAUCGUCAAGGCGUGCGAGUCUAAGUGUAGAGAAAUGGUAGGAAUUCAAGGCAAGUGCCUUGCGAUAUGUAAACGUUGCACUAGCUCAAUCGAAUUGCCUCCUGGUCUUUUCACGAAAUCGAACGGGAAGCUGGAAUUUCUACCAGGUAAACGACAGGUUUUGAAGGAUUAUAUACACAAAGAAGUGGAAAGGGUGUCCGAGUCCCAUCGAAAAUAUCACGUUGUGGAGGGUGAUGCCGCGCACCAAGGUUCGGCGCUCACGAAGAGUCCCGCUGAAUGUUCCUCGAUGCCAGCCCCAAGCCUUCGUCAGGGUCCUGAUAAGUUCCAACAAACCAUGAAUGAACUGAAGAAGUUGCUGGGUGCAUGCGCCCAUUGCGACCUACUUGCGGUAUUGGAAGAAGAGCACAAAGCAAUAGCACACGAGCUGGAAGAUUUGAAGAAGAUGCAAAGCGUUACUGAGGGUUUGCAGUCAGCUCCUAAGAACACCGGAACACGAACACUCGAUGCGCAGUUAAUUUUCCCACAACUGCAGGACCCACAUUCGGGUGAAGAGGUUCGAACUGAACCAAGCGGGAAUCUUACGAUAGCAGGAUUUUUGGGAGGGACUUGUGCAGACGAGAUACCACCUGCUCCUUUACCGAAGCCUUCUGCUAGCAAUGGCCCGGAGGAUGAUUCGUGGAACAACAGGCGGUCCUGUCAGCCGCGUUCCUCGGACUUUGGUGCCAUGGAAGACAGUGUGCCUGCAGAAGGUUGCUUGAACUCCCAAUCCCCCAAAGUUCUGGCAGAGGUACCCGAGUGCUAUCCCAGUCCUAAUACUCUCAUGCAAACUGAAGACCAAUUUCAAGAUGGCCCUUCCGGUGAGGAAUUGGACAGUGGAGUAGUGUCACAGGAGAGUUCUGCUGGAGGUUGUCAAGCAUGGAUCACGAGUAAUGGUGCUUUCAUCCAAGCUAACGACUCAUUUCAAAACAUGCUUUGUUUCGGAGAUCCCAUGAACGUCGACAAUACCCGAGAUGCAUUAAUGCAAACUAGACAAAGCACGGAGAAAGUAAUGGGUCUACCAGAUGACCACAUAAGCGAUUAUUGGGUACAAUUUUUGAGCACUUUCAUAUAUUCUGAUGUGGAGUAGAUGUGUGAGAGAACAUUGAUACAAAGCAUGUAAACUGCAUACAGUGUUUUAGUGCUUGAAAUGUGUGUAUAUGUAAUUAGUUAUCUGACACCAACUGUAUGUAGAACAAUUUAAAAUGAAUAAGUUUUGAAUGUGGAGGAGAUGGAUGCUUGUUUGACUUCAAAAUGAUUUUGAUGAUUGUAAAAAUCAUUUUAAAUGUAACGACAAUUAAUAUGGACAAGAAACUAUUAUGCAGUUGUUGAA